UACGCACGGGGGGUGGGACUUCCGCCGACGCUCACGCGGGCGCGGCCUCCGCCGCGGCGAUUGGCUGGCAGGGCGGCGCGUCCGUCGCCGUGGAGACGCGCAGCGGCGGCAUGGCCUGGCUGGAGGUGGCGGCGGGCAGCGGAUGGCGCGGGCGGGCCCGGCUGUGCUCCCUGGCGGCGCUGGGGCUGCUGCUGCUGGGCGCGCUCACCUACGUGCCGCCCCUGUUGGUGGCCUACCGGAGCCACGGCUUCUGGCUCUCGCGGAGCAGCUACGCCGAGCAACCCAGCGUCCGCUUCCGGCACGAGGUGCUCCUGGCCGCGCUGACGGAGGGCGUCGGCGACGGGCCGGUGGGCUGGAGCUCCUUCGCCGCCUGCAACCGCCUGCUGGGCGCCCGCCUGCGCGUCCCGCUCGUCUCGGCCCGGGAGGAAGACUCUGACCAAGAUGGAGUGAUGGACCUGCUCCAUUUCCAGCUGGAGCUUCCGCUGCUCCCCUCUGAACGAGUGGUGGGGAUUCAGCUCCUGCUGACGUUCUCCUACGAGUUGCAGAGAAUGUCCACCUUUGUGAUGCAGAGCAUGGCUUUUUUACAGUCUUUUUCCCCUGUGCCAGGAUCACAGGUAUUUGUAAAUGGAGACCUCAAACUUCAUCAGAGGCAGCCCCUUCACCAUGCUGGGCUGGAUAGCAGAUACAAUGUAUCUGUGAUCAAUAGUACAAGUCCUUUUGCCCAAGACUAUGAUUUUGUGAACAUCAUUGAAAUAUAUCAGAAGAGGAAUGUUACAACAGUUUUGUCUGGUCCCAGUCCCAUUUGGGUGACUGGAAGAUCACCAGAUCAACCAUUUGUGAUUCAGGCCUUCAUCCAUUAUCCGAUGGAAUUGAUUGUAUAUCAGCCAGGCUUCUGGGAGAUGAUGAAGUUUGCCUGGAUGCAGUACAUUAGCAUCCUCCUGAUUUUUUUGUGGAUUUUUGAAAGAAUAAAAAUCUUCCUUCUUCGAAAUCAAGUGCUGAACACGGUGCCGGUGUCUCCACUCCCCCCUCUGUUGUCCUAUAAAGAGCACAAAUCCUGACCAAGCCUUCACAGAGAAAGAACUUUGCUCUCAGUGGCCUCCACUGCUUUGCAUUUGGAAGAUGAGGCUUUCCACAGGUUUGCCGCUGCGGGAUGGCCGGCUGCGGUGGGGCUGGAGGGAGAGGGCCUGUCCAUUGGGCACCCCUCCAGGAGGGAAGAAGUGGCCCACCGCCUCCACCCUCCAUAGGGCUUGUCCCUGAUUGGCGCCUCCCCCGCAGCCGUAGAAGAGAGGCCACGUCUGAAUGCCGCUCAUUGUACUUGGAGCCGGCGCCGCAGCCUCACCUUCCUGCCGUCUCCGGACUAGCCGCGACCUCUUUGGUCGGCCGCCGGCAGUUACUGAGGUUAGUGGCCGGGAUGGGCUGGUGCCGGGCGGGUGUAGCGGUUGGGAAACAGGAGGCUGCAGUUCCAGGUGUCGGGAUGAGCGACGGUCUUGGCGCGCCCUCUUCCUCCGACCGGGGCGCGGAGCUUCUUCCUUGCGGAUAUCUAUCCAGCUAGCUUAGCAGAUGCGCUGGCAGACAGUCGCGCCUGCGGUACCGGGCGCCAUGCAAACCUCGAGGGCACGGGUGUCGAGCGUCUGAAUAAGCACCGGGAAGAGCGUCCGCACCGGCACCUUGGCGCCGGCCGGCACAAUUUUCAACAGCUGCACUAUUGCAAGCGCGGAAUCCCGCCUCCGCUCCGCGAUUUUAGGCUAAAUUUCAGGGCCGGGCGGGGCCGACUUCCGAAUCCCAAACCUAGGGGGAACGGCUGCAGCUUAAACGAGCCCCCCUCCCUUCAAAAACAGUUGCCCAGAGAUUUUUGCGCAAGAACACUGUGAAGACUUUUUCCCAACAGCCCUUAGACUUAUAUACCGCUUCCUAGUCCUUUACUGCCGUCUCUAAGCGAUUUUGUUUGUCCCCAACAAUCCGGGUCCUCAUUUUACCGACCUCGGAAGGAUGGAAGGCUGAGUCAACCUUGAGCGGAUUAGCGUGGAAAGAAUCAAACUCCUGGCAAUAGGAGCAGAGUUAGCCUGCGAUACUGCAUUCUAACCACUGGGCCACCACGCCUCUUACGUAUUUAAAAAUCUUGUACGCAAGAAAAUUUUUCUUGUAAAAAUCUUGUACCGAAAGAGCAAUUAUUUCCCAUUUGUAUUUUACUUGCUUUAUGAGGGUUAAAGGAAACCUGAACCCCAAACCCUUCAGUUUGUUCACUCCUGUAAUAUUAGAGAGAGGCUGAAUUCUAUCCAUAUGAGUUUUAAGGCUGUGUAGAGGAAAAUAUACUUCCAUUGUUUCCAGAGUAAAUAAUGCAUAUAAAUUGGAAUAGCAGAA